GGCAUUUUUACUCUCGCUCUCUCUUACCGCUUAUGCUGGUAGUGACGUGUGAAUUUUGACUAAAUAACAUGAAAUCGCGUUAUAUUUUGAUCCUGCUGGCCCUUGUGCCUAUGGUGAUGUCGAAGAAGUACACGGAUGAGGAGAAACCGGAGUGGGCCAAGAAAGAUAUACGCGACUACAGCGAAGCUGAUUUGGAGCGUCUGCUGGACCAGUGGGAGGAGGAUGAGGAGCCACUGGAGCCAGAUGAGCUCCCUGAGCACCUAAGACCACAGCCUAAGAUGGAUUUCUCAAACUUGGACAGCAAGAAUCCCGAGGAUCUGCUUAAAGUAUCCAAGAAAGGCCGUACCUUGAUGACAUUUGUGUCAGUAACGGGCAAUCCAACAAGGGAAGAGGGCGACACCAUUACCAAGCUUUGGCAGACUAGCCUAUGGAAUAAUCACAUACAAGCGGAGCGCUAUAUGGUAGACGAUAAUCGUGCUAUAUUCCUGUUCAAAGACGGCGCUCAGGCGUGGGAGGCGAAAGACUUUUUGGUGGAUCAGGAACGCUGCAAGGGUGUAACAAUCGAAAACAAAGAGUAUCCAGGCGUGCAUGUAAAGGAUGAAUUGUAGCUUGUAUUAUGAACAUAAGUUCCGCCACACAUUCUCAUGUAAUUUAGUAAUUUAAGCACAAACUGAACAAAUGGAAAUCAAUUAAAUUUGAAAACUCAAAGCUUUGCGUUUCAAUGUGAAUCGCAGACAUUCACUUGUGCACGUCGCUCUAAGUUUGUUUACGUUUGGAACGUCAAAA